GAAGAGUCGAACUUUAUGAAUUUUUAUUGUUUUAAUGGAAAGUUACAUGUUUUUCAUUUGUCACAUCCCUAGUUUGUAGAUAAUUUUUUUAUUACAUUUUCCAGCCCUUUGUUCUUUUUCAGUUCUUCGUUUUUGUACAGUGCCAUCAGCUGAAGCUUUCAUGUCUUUAUCCGCGCUUCAAAGUGCUGCCGAGGGACUCAAGCAUUCAGUUAUUGAGCUUGCUGACUUUUACAGUUUAAUAACUACCAAUAUCUUCCCUACUUAUUUCCCCGGCCACGGUGGUUUCCCCGUAUGGAUGCUAUUCGUUUUUCUGCACCUUACAUGUGGAACAAUCUCCAAAACACCCUGAAAUUGGGGGAAUUGGUGCCUCUAGGGCUUUUCAGACUGCUGUUAGGGGACCCUUCAUUAAUGAAGUUAUUUGUAUUUUAUGAUUGCAUUGUGUGUAAGGUUUUGUGUGGAUUUGUUUUUUAUGAUGAACGUGUAUAUUGUGCUUUUUUGUAUAGAUAUGUAUAUUUUUAUCUACAGGGCUCAUCUGUCACAAUAGUAAUACAAAAAAAGUGUGUGUCACCUAUUCCUCAGUUUCAUAUAGAAUUUUGCUGAAACUCAUUCCUCUUGAUUUCCUGUAAUUCAAUACCAGUGGGUAAAAGUAUGUGUGGGGGCACAGCGCAGGAGAAACAUUAGAAGCAUAGCUGCUGCUGGGAGCCAGUAGCGCCAGAGUCUUGAGUGAGUGACCUGAAACAGAAAUGAACAGUUCUCCAGUCUGAGAUGCCGAAGAGAUUCUUGUGUUCUUGUUUCUAGUGAGGCGACCAGGAGGACUGGGGCUUUUGGAAGAGGCAGGGGGGUGUCGGACACGGUUUGUCUAUAUUUCAGAAGGCACAGUUGCAACAAGGCUGAGGUUUGGCUGGAAUGGGAGUUCUGCCCUUUAAAGCCUUGGUGCAGUUCUCUGUGACUGGGUUGAGUUCAGCUCCAUAAAGAGGCAGACCACUGGGGUUACUUCAGUCUGAGGGGCUUGUGCGUUUGGGUCGUGGUUCCACAGAAGAGUGCCUGACCUCCCCUGACUACUAGCCUUACAGAGCAGCCCUGAGAGGAAUGUAGGUUGUCACCAGAGCUAUUUUGGCUAUGUGCAGCCGCUAAUGAUUGUAAUCACAGAGCAGAACGGGACUCGGAGAAGUUGCCUUGCCGCCGUUCGUUUUUCCUCCUCAGCAGGUCUCUUGCCAUGCCACGCUCACUACUGUCUCCCAGGGAUUAGAGCGUUAGACGAAUGGCACGUCGGCUCCGCUUGCACUUUGCGUCUAGGAGAAGCAACACAGAUCCUCUGUCAGAGAGCCUGAGCAGCCAUGGUGAGGAGAGCGGUCUCUGUGUGUCAACCCGCAGCCCCACAGAGAGCCUAGCGCACAGCUCUGUCCAAAUGAAGGUGAUUCCAGGGCAGUUAGCAUUGGCUUUGCCUCCCCUGUCCCCGGAGUACGGUAAUUUACAGCGCUACUCAUCCGUAUUUAUACCCAAGGUGAACACCGGCAGCGUCAGCAAGAAGAGUACUCUGCAGAUCUCCCUGCAGCCUCGUGGCAAGCUGAAUGGAGAGCUGGAGAACAGCACUGAGGGCGGGGAGCCAGGGGUCGGCGAGGUGGGAGCAGGCAGUGGCUCAGACGGGUUAUCCUGUAGCAGCAGCACGGCCAGCGACGCAGGCUACUGCAGCAGCAGCAGCAUCUUUGAGCCAGAGCUCCCAGAUCAGCGUAGGGCAUCCCAUGAGAGGAGUCUGCCCCGUAGGAAAGCCAGGGUCCCCCUGAGACGCUGCUCCUCCCUGGUCAUAUUUCCAAGGAGCCCCUGUAAUACACCACCAGCCUCCCCGGUCAGCCCUGUGGCUCUACCCGCCCUGCCUCCAACCAGGGGCUCCUACCAGACUUCUCACCAGCUCCAGUUGUCCCCCAGUGAGCCCCCGCAGGAGGACGAGACGGGCACCUUGAAAGCGUCCAUCGCCACGGCGAUGAACGGCCUGCGACUCUCUAAGAGCAGCUUUCCGUCAGCGGAGUUCAGAGACGCCAGGCCCAUGGUGCAUUUUAACAUUCCGCUUCCGGAUAAACCUAAAGGCAAAAUGGAGGAGUGUGAGAAGACUGACCACUCGGCUACCUUAGACCGACCAUGUCGCGACAAGGCCGACCACUCUGCAAAUUUAGACCAACACUCCAGUGUGCUACUGCACUUUGCCCAACAGCGACCAAUGUCUGGGAAGGCAUCUAUAAACAGAACAACAGUCAAUGUUGAAUGUCCUGAAUCUCCAACCCAGGCCCCUCAGUCGGAGGGUGAAUGUGGCCCUCGCCACAUUAAGCUGUUUCGCAGCACCUCGGCUUGCUUUCUCCCCUCAACUAAACUUUCAGAGAGGAGCCACAGUGCCGGUCUCGCAGACAAUGGAAAUGGACAAGAAAACCAUUGUCAUCACGCCUUACAAAGGAGCUUUUCUCUGGAAGUCCCCUACCAUAAUACUGGUAUUUCAUGUCAGGUUUCCAACCAAAAACUAUCUAACUCUCCACAUGUGCACAUCCAUGUGUCCCACGGCUAUGGGGCAAGGGUCUCUAGCCCUGUCAUUGAUGUUAACACUAACCACAAAGGGGAUCACAUACAAAAGAGCCCUGCAAGAAAGACCAUGACACGUGAUGACUUUCUGGGGCAGGUGGAUGUACCAUUACACCAGAUACCGACAGAAAAUCCUAACAUUGAAAGGCCAUACACAUUCAAGGAUUUUCUACUUCACCCGAGAAGUCACAAAUCCAGGGUCAAGGGUCAUCUCCGUCUGAAGAUGACCUACCUACCCAAAAACAACUCAGAGGAUGCUGCAGAACAGACUGAAGACAUGGAUCCUAGCUGGGAGUUUCUGGAGGGCCAGGACAUGUCCGGUCCCAGGCACAACCACCUGCUGCCUGCAAUGCCCCCUGGCUGGGAGGAGAGGCAGGACAACCUGGGCAGGACCUACUAUGUCAACCACGAAACCAGGACGACACAGUGGCACAGGCCCAUAGUACAAGACAGCCAGGUGGAGGCAGAGCAAAGGCAGAACAUCCACAUGGAGGCCCAGCACGCCUUCACCGCCCGCAGGCAGAUCUCUGACCAAGAGGACUCCAACGACAGACAAGAGUCUCCUGAGAGCUGGGAAAUCAUGACAGAGGAUGAGUCCACCUUGUACAACAGCCAGCGCUCCCCCCCUCCACCCCAUUCCCCCCUGGAGUUUCACUCCUUCUGUGAUGAGCUCAGUCGCCUCCAGGCCUCGGGUGCCACAUCCGGCAACCGACGUACCUCCCUCCAGCUGCAGGGCCCUUCCAGUCAUUCAAGUCACUCCAGUCGCAGAGGCAGUGCCCAGACUCUGACCGUAGAGGAGCACCCUGUUCAUCCUGUGUUGUUAGCAACCUCAGCGGGGCUGCCUCCAGGCUGGGAGGAGAAGCAGGAUAGUAAGAGCAGACCCUACUACGUUAAUCACAACAGCAGGAUAACCACUUGGACACGGCCACUCAUCCAGGAAGACCCCAGGUUGAAGAUUCCUGUGCACAUGAGGAGGAGACCUUCGCUAGACCCAACUGACCUCGGGCCAAUGCCGCCUGGCUGGGAGGAGAGGGUCCACAGUGAUGGGAGGAUAUUCUACAUAGAUCACAACACGAAGAACACACAAUGGGAUGACCCCAGAUUGCAGAAUUCAGCCGUAACUGGACCAGCUGUGCCUUACUCCAGAGACUAUAAACAGAAGUAUGAAUACUUCCGGAAGAAGCUGAAGAAACCGGCUGACAUCCCCAACCGCUUUGAGAUGAAGCUCAGGCGGAACGCCGUGCUAGAGGACUCCUACAGACGAAUCCUGUCAAUCAAGAGGGCCGACUUCCUGAAGGCGCGGCUGUGGGUGGAGUUUGAGGGAGAGAAGGGCUUGGAUUACGGGGGCGUGGCCAGGGAGUGGUUCUUCCUCAUCUCCAAGGAGAUGUUCAACCCCUAUUAUGGGCUGUUUGAGUAUUCUGCCACGGACAACUACACUCUGCAGAUCAACCCCAACUCGGGCCUCUGCAAUGAGGACCACCUGUCCUACUUCAAGUUCAUUGGCCGUGUGGCAGGCAUGGCUGUCUACCAUGGCAAGCUGCUGGACGCCUUCUUCAUCAGGCCUUUCUACAAGAUGAUGUUGCAGAAGCCCAUUACUCUACAGGACAUGGAGUCUGUGGACAGUGAGUACUUCAACUCCCUGAAGUGGAUAUUGGAGAAUGACCCGAUAGACCUGGAUCUGAGGUUCACCAUAGACGAAGAGCUCUUUGGACAGACACAUCAGCAUGAGCUGAAGCCAGGAGGAUCUGAAAUAGUAGUCACCGAUGACAACAAGAAGGAAUACAUCCAUCUUGUCAUGCAGUGGAGGUUCGUGAACAGGAUAUUGAAGCAGAUGACCGCAUUCAAGGAGGGAUUCUAUGAGUUGAUACCCCAGGAUCUCAUCAAGAUCUUUGACGAGAAUGAGCUGGAGCUUCUGAUGUGUGGCCUGGGAGACGUGGAUGUGAACGACUGGAGGGAGAACACAAAGUACAAGAAUAGCUACUGUCCCAACCAGCCUGUCAUCCUGUGGUUCUGGAAGACUGUUCUGCUGAUGGAUGCAGAGAAGCGUAUCCGCCUGUUGCAGUUUGUGACUGGCACCUCCCGGGUCCCAAUGAAUGGCUUUGCAGAGCUCUACGGGUCUAACGGACCACAGCUGUUUACCAUUGAGCAGUGGGGAACACGAGACAAACUACCUAGAGCCCACACGUGCUUCAACCGGCUGGACCUGCCUCCCUAUGAGUCGUUUGAGGAGCUGAGGGAGAAGCUACACAUCGCCAUAGAGAAUGCACAAGGCUUUGAUGGAGUGGAUUAGGGGAGUGUGUGGCCUAUGGCGCAAUGUUAAAAUGGCAGUCACUGCCAGUGAACUGAGGGCUAGCACCAAGUUUUGUGCUGUAGUUCUGUUUAAUGCUGAUAAAACACCUAAUAUUCAGGUCCAGACCUGACCUGUCAACCGCCUGAGAAGAUGGGGAACAAUCACAGACAGCAAAGUCUUUGGUGCUCCUCUCUCCUGCACAGUGGAAGGGAUGGAUGAUGAGUGAAAAUCACUUCUUAAAUCACUCUUGGUCUGUGAAGUUUACAAAUAGUUUUUUUGUUGUGUCUCGUAAACAUGUAUGUAUACUUAAACCAGAUCUAUAUACAAUUUAUCAAAUGCAUUAUAGCAUACAGAUAUUAUUGUUCAUCUAUGAUAAACAUUCUAUCAUGAGGAGAUUGACAUUGGACUCGAUAUACAUUACCGUAUAUACACUGGUGUCGAAAGAGUUCAACAGGGAUGCUGGCCCAUGACUCCAAUGCUUCCUACAGUUAUGUCAAGUUGGCUGGAUGUCUUUUGAGUGGUGGACCACGGGAAACUUAUGUGUGAAAAACCAUGCAGUGUUGCAGUUCUUGACAUAAACCGGUGCGCCUGACAUUUACUCCCAUACCACGUUCAAAGGCACUUCAAUCUUUUGUUUUGCCCAUUCACCCUCUGAAUGGCAGACACACUCCUUGUCUCGAGGCUUAAAAAUCCUUCUUUAACCUGUCUCCUCCUCUUCAUCUACACUGAUUGAAGUGGAUUUAACAAGUGACAUCAUAAGGGAUCAUAGCUUUCAGCUGGAUUCACCUGGUCAGUCUGUGUCAUGGAAAGAGCAGGUGUUUUCUUCCUGUUUUGUACAAUCAGUGUAUGUGUGCGCAAUUGACAGUGAAUGCACUUUUGUAUAGCUUACUGAGGAAAUCACAGACUCAACAUUAGACUCCAUUGAAAAACCAUGUUGCCAUUGCUUUCUCAUUCUUGCACACACACUUGCAAAAUAUGUUUCCUCUGCUGUUUUUUUAUUCAGUGAUGGAUGUAUUAUUCUUUUAUUCCGCUAUUCCAGGGCUCUCAACCCUGUUCCUGGAGCUCUACCCUCCCGUAGGUUUUCACCUCCAACCCCAGUUGUAACUAAUUAACAUAAUCAGGAGCACUAGAUUAAGGUUGGACUGAACCUACAGGACAGUAGGUCUCCAGAAACAGGGUUGGAGAGCCCUGCUCUAUUCAUGGGUGUUAUAGAGCAGUAUAAUACUCUAUUUUUAGGAGUACAUUUAUUUUUUUCAAAUUGCUCUAUGUAAUAACUCUAUUGAAUUAAUAUCAAGAAAUUGAUACUAUCAAUUCUCAAAGAUUUCUGCAAAUGUUUUUUUGCCUUUGAUUUUCUUGAGGGAAUUGACACAUAUGCAGUGGUGUGCUCUAUCAAAGAAUGUAUUGUAUGAAUGGUAGAAAACAUGUUUACACGCUGGUAAGUUUACAGAUUGUUGAUGAAGGAAAAUAUGGUCUUUUUCAUUUCUCUUAAAUCAAAAGGUUAUACGUGUGCUUUUAUAAGGUAAAGCACUUUGUUAAAAUGGUUAUAAAAGUCUUAGUGUCUUGAUCUUUGCCAAACUACCAAUUUCAGAAUGCAUACGUUGAGUAUGAUUUCAUGCUAAAAUCCUCUGCUUUUAAGUGCACAUUUGACAUGAGUACAUUUUACUUGCCAUGGAAGAAAAAAGCACAUUCUUUCCUUUCACUGGUAAUUAAGACUUAAAUUACAAGGCCUUCAUUUGUGAUGUAUCAUAGAAUUUGAUCAUCCAAAUCAUUUCACAUGUUCUUAUCCUUUAGUUGAAUGGAUAUAUUGUUAACAUCCGAUUCUCUAUAAUUCAUUAUUUUAAGAUAUACUUAAUUUAUAUAUUAUGUCAAAUGUCAUUCUGACAACUGUAAGUGGAUUUUCUAUCAAUGAUUUAAUGAAAUAAAACUUCUGUAUCUUGUUGAAAACAUGUUUUGAUUGCAUGCCAAAGUAAAUGGCAGCAUAUUUAGAAAAAUGAAUAAAUAAAAAAUGCCACCUA